GGAUCUCAUGAAAGCUGAUCUGUCAUGGAUUCAUACACCAUUAACUUCAUCACCUGGAAUGCUAAUGGACUUAAGCAAAACAAAUAUCAGAAAUUUCAAGAACUUCAAUGCGCUGAUGUUAUUUUCUUACAAGAGUCACACAUUGGAGCAAGAGAUGAACAUGUUAUAGAAUGUUUAAAAGAUCAGUGGAAUGUUUUCAAUACAAAGUACACUUCUUCCAGCAGAGGAACUGCCAUUCUAGUCAGAAAGAGUCUAGAUUUCAAAUGUUUAAGUGUCGAGAAAGAUAAUUGUGGUGAAUAUGUUUUGUUGAAAUGUGAACUGGAAGGUUGCCUGUAUACUCUGGUUAGUGUUUAUAUGCAUCAGACAGACACAAAAACGCUUGAUUAUCUUUCAAGAUACCUUCAGUCAAUGACCACCGGGCUGCUGGUGAUUGGUGGAGAUUUCAACACAUUUCUCAAUCCGUUUAUAGACAAAAAAUGGAAUACAGGCAAGAUGACAAAAAACAGAACACACAAUAAACUGCUCUUAUGUGUGGAGAAUUUCAUGGAAUCUCUUCAGCUGGCUGAUGUCUGGAGAAGAAAGAACCCUGUAAAGCAGGAUUUUACAUUCUACAUAAGAGAUCGUCCAGUGUCCAGACUGGAUUACUUCUUCAUUCCAGAUGAAUGUAUGUGGCGUGUAGGAAGCUGUGAAAUCAUGAGUUCAAACAUAGGUGAGCUCAAAGAUCACCAACCUGUGUCUUUAGAGAUCAACUGUGUGUCCACAGUGCCUCUUCUGAUAGAUCAAACACAGUCACUCUUCAAACUAUUUAACUGCAAAAAAAUACUUUUGACUGAUGAAACUGGUUCAUCCCAGAGUGAAGAAAGCUCACUUGCAGUCAGUGAAGUUGACAUUGUGUCAGCGGUUCAGUCUCUUCAAGUGUCAGACACUGUAAGACCAGACGACAUCCCAGUUUCCUUCUAUAAAGACAACAUCCAGGAUGUAAUUCCAUACAUAAAGAUGCUCUAUGACGGAAUCCACAGGGGAUUUAACUGCUUUGACAUAUACUUUCAAGAUUCACAGGAUGAUAUUCCUCACUUUUUUAAUGCUGACUAUCUCAUCAUUGCAACUAUUCUGGCAAGACGUCUUGAUUAUUUCUUGAAGUCUCAGUCAAAUGGGACAAUUAAGGAUUCAGCAAUUGUUAUGAUCACUCCUAAAACAAUCUGCACUGAUGCAAUGCUCUGUUGUCUAAAGGAUGAAAUUAAGGAGUCUUUUGAGGAGGAAUUUCUCAUUGUGGAAAAUCUCCUCAGAGGUGCAGAAAAUUUGGAGUGUCAGGGCUGCCCAUUGAAGCCAGUACUCACAGCUUUAAAGCUAAAAAGCUACGCCUUAAAGUUGUGUAAGGAUUUAGAAAAUUAUGCAGUGCAUGUUUUCAAGACAAAUGUGAUCAUUUGCAUCCCAUCUGAAGACCUAGAUGAGAUACAUGCUAUGGAAAACGACACCAAUGAAGAAUAUGAUAUUAUAACAUUAUUCGGUGGACAAAAAAUUGUGGGUAAUGAUUCUGCAAGUGAGGAUUAUGAUGGAAUGAGUGAGGACACAGAAGAAAACUGUACUGGGUGUAGCAAUACACAGUGUGAAGACAGUGUUGGGUCAAAUGAAGAUGAGGGAAAAUCUAAAUUGAUUGAAAGUGAUGGAAGGACGACCAUGUAUGCAGUUGUAACCUUAGAAGAAUCGGAAGAGGUGAUGGUGACAGCAUCAAACUGGUUGAGCGCAGACAAAAAACAAUGUUACUGGCCUCCAUACAAAUCAUCAGAGAAAUUCAUGGAAGCUGUUCGGUACAGAAUAACACCUCAAACAGGACAGAAAUCCUGGGAGAAAUUAGCUGUCCUGUUUCAUGGAGAAUAUGGCACUUAUGAGGAGGCCAAGAAAAAACUAAUGAGCAGAAAAAAAAUGAAUGAGCAGACAGAACAAGCAGCCACAGCAGUGAAUCAAGUAACAGGAACCUGUCCGCUGUCUCCUGUGCCAUCACAGUCAGGAAUAUAUAGUAUCUCCCUACCCUUAAACCCAAAUUUCACAGGCACUAAAAGAAAACGUGAAUCGAGGGAUUUACAUAUCAGUGCAAAAUCAUAUUCAGAUAUGGAAAUAUUGAGUAUGGUGAAAAAGAUCAUGAAUGGAGUUAAUGUUAAACUUCAAAACAUUAACAGCACAGACCAAACAACAAAUGACUUAAAAAACAACAUUUUAGAUGCCAUUGCAAAAAUGAAUGAGAUGGACAAAGACAAAAGAAAGGAAACCAUAGGUGUUUUUGGAAAAACAGGAGAAGGAAAAAGCUCUUUAUUAAAUGCAGUGUUGGGAUUAGAGGGUCUGCUGCCAUGUGGUAGUCUUGGUGCCUGUACAGCAGUUAUUACUCAAGUGGAAGCAAAUCUGGAAGACUCUGAAUACAAAGCUGAGAUUGAGCUCAUCUCUAAAAAGGAAUGGGAGAAUGAGAUUGCUUCCACAGAUGAAAGGACUGAAACAGAUAAUGAAAGGAUCAUUGCAGUGUAUGGGGCUGAUGCAGAGAAGAAAUCACUGGAGGAGCUUAAGAACGAUGACAAACAUGCUGAAAUUCAUAACUUUUUGUCGAUUGGGAAAAAAACUAUUUCGCACACCGAAGUCUUUGACUUUGUCCGUGAUGUUAAAUGUCACAUUCAGCAAAGUGAGUAUAGUCCUGGUGGCUGGUACUGGCCGCUUGUGAAGAGUGUGACCAUCAAGAUUCCAGAUCAUCAAAAGCUUCUGGAACACAUUGUGCUUUUUGAUAUUCCUGGCACCGGAGACUGCAACAAGAUACGAGAUGAUCUGUGGAAAUCAAAAGUGAGGGAGUGCUCUUCUGUGUGGAUUGUAAAUGACAUCAAGCGUGCAAUCAGUAGCAGAGAGCCCUGGAGCAUAAUCGAGCACUGCAUGCAAGACCUGGGACCAGGAGGACAGUGCAAAACAAUAAACUUCAUCUGUACUAGGACUGAUGAUGUUAAUAUAAAAGAAUAUCUAGAAUCUGCACGGCCCUCUGGAGACCAAUUUUCUUCAGACAAGAAUUUGAAAACUGCAUGCAUACAUCAUAGGAACAACUCUGCAAAGGAUACUGUGAAAAGGAAGCUUGAAACCAUGAAAUCAAAAGAUGUCAGAAGAUUCAUCGCUGAUGUGUUUACUGUGAGCUCUAAGGCAUACUUUGAUGAAGAUCUACAUCUGGAUCAAAAUGAAACUGAAAUCCCAAAGCUGCAGGACCUUCUCAAGAACACCAACAAGAUCAUUAAGAGGGAACUGACCAGAGAUUAUAUCAAUCAAGCAAAGGGAGUUUUGUUCUUCAUCCAAAGCAUCAAACUAGAUACAACAGAUGAAGAAAUGGCAAGGAUUAAAGCUACAGUUCGUAAAGAUUACUAUGAGAACCUUGAAAAAGCACUGAAGGAACUGAACAGUCGGUUUGAUCCACUUUAUGACAUUAUAGAGCAAUGUUUCUCAAAAGCAGUGGAGAAAUCAGUGGAACAGUGUCUCAUUACCACAAUACAUGUGAUUGCAUCUGUGAAACCAGCUGAUAAAACAGUCCAAGCAUUGUGCAAGAACAAAGGAUAUUACUGGCCAAAAAACAAAGAUGCACCUGUAGAUCUAAACAAGUGCUUGGCUAAACACAUCUACGACAACAUCGAUGAGGAGUUCAACUUGAUAUUUCCUGUUGAUAGUAAUAACAGAACAGGGAGGUCAGUGCAAGAACAGAUCGAUAAGUUCAGUAUCAUUCAGAAUGGCACUGUCUACCCUCCAUCUUCUAUGCUGUACCACAUUCAGAACUUCAUGAAAACAGAGGAAACCAAAGUGAAGACAUUCCUCAAACAAGAUGUUGUUAUUAGAAAGAAGACAGUCUACUCAGCAAUCCAAAAAACAAUUCGGGAUCAAAUGACUGCUGGCUAUAAAAAAGCUGCAGAGAAGAAAGGAAAAGGGGCCAUGGAAAAGAGAGAGAACACAAUAAUAAAAACAAUUGAAACAUUAAAAGACAACAUGUUCGAAGAUGCAAAAAUACAAUUUCUGAAUGAGUUCAAGUCCUUGAUGUGCUAUAUAUGCGAGAGCCUUAAAUCUAGACUGAGCAGAUCAGUGGAGCGCUCAUUUUCACAAAGCAGCAAAGCUUCCCUGAUGGAUGUCUCAAGAGAGAUUGAAUCCCUGGAAACACUGUCUGAAUAUAUUGUCACUUAAACCUGACUGAAGUCAUCAUUUAACUUUUUGAGAUGUAGAAUACGGCAAUGAAUUAUAUAUCAUUUCAUGUACUUGCUUGUAGUUUUAUCACUGAUUGUUAUGUGUAAAAUUUACAUACUCAACCUUUUCAAGUUGUCUUAAUUUAGUUAUUGUUUUAUCUGAUGUUCCAUUGCGUAAUGUAUAGCAAACUAAAAGGAAUAAAGGAUAAAUGAUAAAUCAAUGCUGUAAAUUGCAGAUAAAGGGACAGUUUUUCACUGACACUGAAGUAACAGCAGAAUCCAGAAGCCACUAUUUCACUGCAAGGGGGAAAAUGAAAACUGUAAACUUUUAUCACUCUCUCUCACUGUGGACCUUUGACCUGCUGGCGUGUUUGUGAGGUAAUGUUUCCGCUCAGCUGUAACAGCGAUACUUGGAUACAGGCAUGAGCUUGUCUACUGAGCGAGUUUCUCCACUGCUCGCUGAACAGCGCUGAUCAUUAGAGAUAAUCACUGUGAUUUCUGUUGAGCGCAUGAACACAAUGACCAAUCAUAUGCUUUUAAGAACUCCCUUAACAACUUUCAUAUUGAGUGAUAUUUAGAUUUGUUUAUUUGCUGUAAUUGCUCCUGCUGUCUUCUACGUUCAAUUUCAUGUUUUCUUUGAGCAGGUUAAAUUAAAGGUACAGUUCACA